AUGUUACUGCAAGCCGUUGUUGUCUUUGGUGCCCUUGGGACUGCUCUUGCCGCUCUCCCUACUCCUGUUACAGCUGCCACCGCUCGGACGUACUUGUCUGAGCUGACUGUCGCGGCCGAAUCCAACGUUCCCGCUUAUUCGAGGGAUCUGUUCAAGACUUGGGAUAUUAUCUCUGGGACUUGUGAUACUCGCGAAACUGUCCUAAAACGUGAUGGGACGAAUGUUGUGACUGACAGCUCGUGCAAAGCUACCGCCGGUCACUGGGUUUCACCCUAUGACGCUGUAGCCACGACUUUGGCUAGUGAUUUAGAUAUUGAUCACCUCGUUCCUUUGAAGGAAGCAUGGGUCUCGGGGGCUAGAUUGUGGACUGAUGCUCAGAGGGAGGCAUUUGCAAAUGACUUGACACGUCCGCAACUUGUCGCAGUCACGGAUAAUCUGAACGAAUCUAAGGGUGACCAAGAUGUCGCUAAUUGGGUUCCUCCACUCGCGAGCUACGUCUGCACCUACGUACGGGCAUGGGUGACCGUGAAGCAUUUUUACAAGCUUUCAGUCGAUUCUGUGGAGAAGACGGCUCUUCAAAAUUAUCUGGCAAACUGUUGA